CCAUUGUGUUCGGUGAAUUGUAUGGCUUAUACACGAAGGUGUCUUGCGAACCUCCAACAACGAGAGACACAGAGCACGGACAAAGGACCUACAAAGGCAUUGUCUGGAAGUUCGGGUGCUCAUAAGAUCCCUCGGUCAAAGAAAGCUCUUGCACGCUGGUGAACAACAGAACCACAAUGACAAAGAGAACUGGUUCAGGAAAACAUCAUGUCGAACUACGAUUUCACCGAGAUGUCCUCUACGGCACGUAUGGAGUCUUUGGAAAUAGAUGUGGAUAUCACAUCCGGCGAGUUGAAUGAUGGAAAUGUGAUUCAUAUUUACGAACUACAUGAAUCGAGCACAUCCGGCGACUCCGGGGUUGACUCUGAUUUCGAUGAGUGUGGCGGGAGUAGCAGUAGCGGCAGCAGCAGCUCUCCUACGCUAAAACGCCCACGGGAUGGCCAGGAGCUGCUACGCGAUGUGGGGUCCCUCCUGGAUGGCAAUGGCAUCGGCAAUGCACUGGUUGGAGAGGGCGCCCUUGCGAUUAUGGGCGUGCCCAUCAUCCCUCGCUGUAUCGCGUUCAUGAUUUCAGAUGGGGAAAUCGAUCAGGCAGCCAAGGUGCUACGUGACGCCCAAUACCCCGAGUGCAAGGAUCUGGACCAGCUCGCAACCAACCCUGAGAAUUUCAAGUCCCGCAUCCGCUGUCAUGCAUUGACUGGGACCGCUACUGGCAACCAUCCCAUCCCCGCCCAUCAUUUCCACGCCGACCGUCGCUACCCAGAGGGCCCCAAUGAAAGCCGCAAGAAGACCCGAGGCGUCUUUCUUUAUUGUGCGUCCCAGAUGCUGGCCCCGGGCCUUCCGAUGCCCCCCGCUCGGCCUCCGCCGCCCGAGGACCCCUAUUACCUGGUCACCUCCGAUAAGCGGCUCUACAGGCCAUCAUUCCGGGGCAGGGGCGGGGGCGGCGGUAUAAUGCUGAACUGCUGGGGCCGGCAGAGCACAAAGUCUUACCCGGUCAAGAUGCUCCACCCGGCGCGAUAUGUGGAGAAUCUGGUUUACCUAAUGCUUCGCGACAUUGGGUACAGCGCCUGCAACGGGUGGAAAACCGAGUUUGAUUGCAUGUUGGCUUGCAGUCGGCUCCUGCCAGCUCCAGCUCCAACCCGAGCGCUGGCCGCGAUCGAUGUCGGCCUCGAGGACGUACCGGAAGGGCCGAUCCGGGACUGGAUUGGGCUGCACAACAGCGAGUGGGCAAAAAACCAGGUUGCCAUCUGUAUUCGGUUCGCUGCGCUUCACCGAGAAAUGAAGCAGUCGGGGCAACUGGGUGAACCCCUGAUGACUCCCCAGGAAGCGACCUAUGGUAGGCCGCAAUACAUUGAGAAUUGGCUCAUGAACAUGGAAGAAGGGAAACCCCCCAGCUUUCACCGUGCCCUUGAGGCGUCCGGCUGGACAUGUCAGUUGAUGUAAGGUUUGCCCAUACUUUACAUAUAUCGAUAUGACGGCGGCCCUGGGCCUUAGUGCCUGAGGUUGCCAGCUCACCGCCCACCCGGCUGCCUCAGCUAGUUUCUCCAAGAUAGUUCUUAAUAUCUAAGACUGUCAGUUUACUACUAUUCAUCCGGGUGUCUUAGCUAGUUCCUCCAAGAUAUGUAGAAGAAUCAAUCCUUCUUCAC